AUGACAUCUCGAUUUCGAUGUUUUAUGCUCAUCGCAGUUUUCUGCCUCAUUUUAUUAACCUUGAAUGGUUUAUUGAUGUCAAGAGGAUGGGAGGAUGGAGCUAUGUCUAUGGCUGAUCCAACUCUAGAAAUUAAUAUGUCAAUUGCUGAAAAAGGCGAUCGAUGUAUUCUGCCUGAACUGGAUCCAUGGGAUCCAUGGAUGAUGAGAUAUCGAUGUUUGAUUUCGGUGGCCGAAGAGGAUGUGCGGGGUGAUAAUUGGAAGGAGAUUCAGCAAAAUCAAACAUAUCACGUAGAGUGUGAUUUUGUCGAAACGCAGUGCUUCUUGGACGAUAGGCUUAUUUACAGUAAUUUACAUAUUCAGGUAGCUCAACGUUACCUCUAA